AAUCACGUGGUGGCUUACAUGACUCACGUGAAUGGAACUGACUCCGAUAGGCCAUAAACCAAUCAACCAUUCACCACACACCAAAACUGACCGCAAACAGACCGCCUUCCCUUCCCAGCAGAACGUGGGAUCCACGCCGGGGAACGAGGCCGAUAACCAACGUCUAUCUAACCCCGGUAUCUCACUCGUCACUAACCACCACUGAUAAUUUCAAUUGCAAUGCACCACUAAGGAAGAAACGGAGGAAGAAUGUCUCUCCGCGGCCCCAUGAAGCGCUCGCACCUGAGGCAGGUCAGCGCGGCCAGUCUAGAGACUCUGUCCAGCUCCCGAUCUGUGGAGUCUCCGCGGCAUGGCAGUACCCACGAUUUCCAUUCGCCAGCGGAAGAGAAGUUCAUCCCAUUGGGCUCGAUUCCCCUGGACAGACGCCAGUGCACGCUGUGGGUUCAUGAUGAGACGUUUUCCAGGGAGGAGAUCUUGUUCAACCAGACUGCGUUUAGUGGCACUGGUGUCAAGACGGGGGAUAUCAUUGAGAUCCUGCCUGCGCGGUCGUCAACUAGUGAGGGGGCGCUUCCGGAUUUGGGGUCUAGGUCCCUGCGUGAUGGACAUGUUGAUUCGAGCUCGACGCUGCAUUCGGAUAUGACGUCUAGGUCUAAGUUCAAGACGCCGUUGCAGAAUCGUUGUCUGUUUGUGGUUAAGCCGCUGCCGCAGGAGAUUAAGGCGAGGAAUCCUAAGCUGGAGAUUUCGAUUACUAGUAGUAUCGCCAAUAUCUUUGGGUUGAAGAAUCGGAGUCAGGUGCUUGUUUCUGUUGUCGAUCGUGGGCAGUGCUCUGCGUCUCAUGUGGAUGUUUCGUUUCGGGACCAGUUUAUGGUUCGUUCUGAUAUGUGGAGGUUGGUUAUGUCGGAGUUGGCGGGGAAAGUGAUCUUCAAGGGUCAGAAGAUUUCGUUCAUGGGAAGUAUCAAGGCGACGGUUAAGAAUAUCUUCAUUCGGGGGAAAAAGGUGCUUUCCGGUUACUUUUCGCCGCAUACUAUUCCGGUGUUCCGCAGUGAGGCUGCCAAGUAUGUGUUAUUUAUCCAAAUGUCCAGAGAGAUGUGGGAUUUCGAUUCCGAAGGGACCGGGGACAUCCUCUUCAGCAGAGUCAUCGACGGCUUUCUCCCAGAGCUUUUCAAGCGGUGGGCUAGCUCUGACGCAAGACAUCUUGUGACAAUCGUGCUGUUUACGCGUGUGGAAUACGAUGUAUCAGCUGGUGGAGGUGUUUUCUCGACGCUCAGCUCUGAGAACUUUAGAAGCGUUUCCGGUCCGAAUAAUGUCCCGACCCGAGAUUUCUAUCGAGUAGUAGUAAACGACAUGUCAAGCGGCCAUUGGACUACUAUCUUGGACGAGUUGAAACGGGACUUCAGAACAUUCCUUAAGGACGUUUCAAUACUCAAGGCAGACGAUACAGAAACCCCGACAAGGGACGACGGAAAGGGGCCACCAAAGGCACCAACAGCAACCGUUGCAGGACGACCAAGCACUGCUCUUCGUGGGAAUAUCCUGGAAGCAAUCCAUCUUGCCUCGGCACAUCUGGCAUACGAUCAUAUCGACCGUGACUUGGUUCAUACGGGAACGUCGAUUAUUGUCAUCACGCCCGGAAGUGGUGUCUUUGAAGUUUCCUACGAGUCUCUGGCUUCUACUACCGAGGCUCUGACAAAUCGUGGUAUUGCUAUUGACUUGGUCUGCCUUAGCCCAAUGCCGCUCCACUCAGUACCUUUGUUCAAAUACAAGGAUCCAGCACCAAGACCCCAGAGUUCCGCGCUGGGCGAUAUCAAUGAGGGUGGCUACUCGCCUGAAAGACGCGAGUCAUACGUGAACUUUGCCAACCGCACACCCAAUAUCUCUCCCAGAUCGACCUUCCCAGGCUCCCUCUCGGCAUUGAAUGCUAGAACUCAGGCCUCGCCUAACUCCGAAUGGAGCUAUGGUAUCCCGCAUUGGCUUGAUAUCUCCUAUUGGAAUCCUGAUACCUACAGGGAAUCGCGGCGGAUUCUGAAGAACGACCCUAAUGCGCCAAUACCAUACACUGUCACUAAGCGGUCCAAGGUCUUUGUCCCGCGAGUGCGGAUGUACGAGAUCCAAAUGAUGGGCGUCAUGGAAAGUGAGCAGUCGAAUAUUUCCAUUCCAUAUCUACUUGAGGGCCAGGGUGUCUCUAGGGCACAAGUUCCUGGGUUUGGUUCAGGCCCCGCUAGCUUAACUGCCCCCGGCAGGUCUAGACAUCAGCUAAGUGACAGCCUUCGGCCGGAACCGUAUCUUCAGAAAAUGGCGAAUCCAAAAGGCCCGACGCCCGGUGGAUCGAAAAGGAGGACGCAGAAGUCGGUGCUUUCAUGGAUGGACCAGUAUGACGAUAACAUCUUCCAAGCGUUCCCGAAACCUCAGCGAAAGCAUACCAGGCCAAGGAAGAGAUUCAGUGAGCCCGAGGUCCAAGCAUCCGGCCUUCAUGAAAGGCUCUCUGCAAGAUCUAUAACGCGGUUAAGAGAGCAUGAGAUACAAUCCGAGCGUAACCAUUCUCCACACUCGCUCCCACGGAAGAUUGAACCAACGGGACUCGCGUCACCUGUUAGCCCUGUAUCGACUAAGAACGUUUCUCCUCCUAAGAAGCCAUCCUUGAAGCCUCCGUCCACGACUAGGACGUCGAAAAUAUCGCGUACGAUUAGCUUUGCUCUGCGGGGUUUGGGCGCCACCCCACCAAGGGCUCAGGCUAGUACAGAAGUUAAUGUUGAGCAUGCCAAAGCUCUGCCCAUGUUCAACCAAAAGCCACCCGUGGCAAAGUCUGCAGAUUCUCGGAGCUCGUCAGAUGCAGCGUCGGUAUCGACAUCAGCAUCGACAGCCACUGCCGAAGCGCAGCCUCCUGCACCCCAGAAACCUGCGCAAAACACAGCUAUUAUACCAUCGAGGCCAAUAUCCAUCAAAGUGCCUCCGAAGAAACCGUCCGGAGACGGCGAGCAAGGAGACCGCUCGGAAUCAUUAUCGUCCACGGUUACUGAGAUUCCCUUACAUGAUGCCCGUCACGAGCGACAAGUGAGGAAGUUAGGACCAAGAUUCGAUUUUACAGUUAGUGGUAUGCGUGACUACCCCGCCAAGAGCCCGCCUGGUAAGGCACUGGCUCACUGGGUGCGGUCAAUCAACCCUUGCAAUACGCCAAGGGAGGUGCUGCGUGACACUACUUGGUUUGGACGCUGGCAGCAUGCGUAUCCAAGACCUCCGCAUGUUGCUGUGGUCAAGUGGAAGAGUUUAAAAUCUCCCGCCAUUUUGCCUUUGACGACGGAGGAGUUUCCAACGCUUAAUGAGCUUAGUUCCGAUUACCUGCAGACACCGUAUCGUGUCUUCCCCAAUGAUGACGCGGAGGGUUUCGAAGCACCCAAGACUCGGGGAAUCCUCAUGCGGGAAUUAAUUUCAUUACGUCUUUCUCAUGGCUUCCAGAUUGUUGUUGGGAAAGAUGUUGCUGAAGCGUCUGGGCAGUAUGCGCUGGAAUCGCUGAACGUUUUCGAUACCGGCAAUUUGGAACGGGAUGGCACUUAUAUUUUCCUCUCGAAAGGGAACACCAUCCACCGUCUUAUUUGCGUGGACAGCUUGGAAAUAGAAGUGACACGAUUCACGCACCAGAACUCUUCAGCCUUGAAUCGUUAUAGGCAAGGUGGCUGCAUUCCUUAUUCACCGGCCAUACGGACGAUUCUGAAUUCACAAUAUGAAGUCAAGAAUCUUGAGCUGGACUCGACCGUGGAAGAGUAUAACUGGAACUACGCUGACAAUUACAUUGCGGGACACCGGGACUAUCUGUUUAAUCCAGCUCAGCAGCUCCAUUUCUGGAGGGUUCGUUAUGUGUUGAUUCCGAUGCGCUUGCAGGUUACUUCUCGGCGCCAUUUGCAAUCCUUCAACGAGGACAAUGAAGAAGAAAUCCAUCUGCUUGGCAUCAGCCAGUUGACGCAUAUCUGGCAGCGACAUAAAUACGUCCCACCGGAGAAUCGAUUCGAGAGCUCCAACAAGAAACAUGUCCAGAAUCCCCUCAACAUCAUGUACCAAACGGCGAACCCAUCGGAAGUGGUCGCGGCAGAAUUGGACCGGAUUAUACUUACCGAUCCCGGCCACGAUAACCCCCCAGCGCAGUUACUGCCGGAAUUGCUUGAACGCUCAAACAUCACUCUCUCGUCGUUGGCGCAGAUCAUCCAGGAAGAAAAGGGCGUGCGCAUGAUGGACCGACGAUGGCACUGGCGAUUGCACUACAACUGUUUUAUUGGCUUCGAAUUAACGACAUGGCUCUUCCAGAAUUUCGAUGAUAUUCAUAGCCGUGAGGAAGCAGUGGGCUUUGGCAAUGAGUUGAUGCAGGCUGGUCUCUUCCAGCAUGUGGAGAAGAGACAUAAUUUCCGGGAUGGGAACUACUUCUACCAGAUCUCUAGUGAGUAUCGUGUCUCGCGGCCUGAGUCGAGGGGUAGCUGGUUCCCGCAGAUACGGCCAGAUAAGUCCGUUCCAACGACACCAGCCACGGAGCAAUUCAAGGACUCGCCUGCAAGCACGAAUACCCAUUCCCGGACCGGCAGUCUCGAGGAAAGCACAAACUCAAGUCAACCCCCGAACACACCGUCAAAGUCGAAGAACAAGGCCGCGAUCGUGUUGUCAAAGACAAUGAAAUACGACGUCGAUCCCAGGAAACGCUCAAACCGAACAGAAGUCAUCGACUUGCACUACGACCGCCUCCACAACCCCGAGAACUGUUUCCACAUCGAGCUCACCUGGAUGAACACGACGCCCAAACUCAUUGAAGACACGGUCAUGUCUUGGGCCACAACGGCCGACAAAUUUGGCCUCAAACUAGUCCAAGUCCCCACCGGCGAAGCCAGCGCAAUCUCAGAAACACAACCCUUCCGCAAACCCUACCGCAUCCGCCUUAAACUCCCACCACCACCAAAAGCACCAGCCCCAACAAUCUUCAGCCAAAACAACAAUAACGCCGCCUCUUUCACGCAAUCCUCAGACACCGCCUCUACAACAACCACAAACGACCACCUCUACUUCCAAAAAGCCCUCCUCCGCAAAUUCGACUUCGUCCUCGACUUCGAACCCCGCUCCGCCUUCCCCCAGGACGUCGAGGUCUCCUAUUCCUGGGGAACACCAGACUACCAGUACCCGCAAUACAUCCACCGCUCAGGAAGCAUCCUUGCCCAAGUCACCGACGAAGGCGACUUCCUCCUCCUCGCCAACCGCCUCGUCAGCACCCGCAGCCCCGUCUCUACAACCUCCCGCUCCGCUGAACGCCGCAACGCAGCAGCACCCGAACACCCCGUCGACCGCGUCUCCCCUCGCCUAUCACCCUUAAUCCGCCCAAUCCACGACUCCCCCAUGUCCCCGCAACUCUCAAUGCACCCGCAUCCCCCUCCCCAUCUCCACCUCCACCCCCACAACCAACACCAACAACACCAACACCAACCCACAAACCCCCCCAUAAUCGACACGGCCAACCUCUACCGCGCCCCCGAACACAUCCUCUCCAGCCUCGCUGACUUCUGCGCCGACGCCCAGAAACUAGAAUCCUUCUACACAGAAUCCAUGCACAUAACCACGCGCCCCGCAUCAACAAGCGCGGGCCCAGCAGCGCUAAACAUGUCCUCGUCAUCGCUUAUGGAUGCGUCGAUUCCGUCGCUCGAGUUGCCGGCUAGUGUUGUUAGUCAUCAUAUUGCGGCUUCGCAUUCGGGGGGGUUGAAUCCGCCGGGGCCGGUUAGGGUUGCGUCGGAUGGGAUUGUUUCGACUGGAAGCCCGAAGAGUGGGGGGUUGAGGCCUUUGCGGUUGAGUUGAUGCAUGUGUACUCUACGCUCUUGUAUUAUGAUACCCUCCUUCUCUUUCGUUGAAAAUAUUUCUGUUCCCGAUGUGUAUGAGUGAUGAUAUGUAUGAAUUGAAUACAAUUCGCUUGAUGGUAUUUCAAUCUGAAAGCAUUAUGAUUACUGAUUACUCGAAUAUUAUAAGAAAAAUAAAAAGAGCAAGCAACUUGCAAUUAUAACACUGAAACCAGUAUCAUAUCCUAAAUCAUAAACAGCAACAAAUCAUGUAUCAUGCAUGCAUUGA